AUGUUUAGGGAGAUUUCGUCGUUGUUCGCGAAUUGGUUUUGGAAACUGAAACAGUGGAAGAUUGAUGCUCAUCGCAGGCAAUGUAUUUAUCACUGGAAGAGAGCAAAUGUAGGUGGAGAGGAAAAUAGCUCUAGACUGAGAUCUCUGCGUCAUAAAUUGACUGAUAGAAGAACAGCCAGCGACAGGUUUUCUCACCUUCAGGCUUCGAGGAUUGAUCAUGAACGAGGGAGCUUCGAGUUCACCAGAUGCGAUGAUGAUAAUGAUGAUAAUGACAAAGAUGUGGAAAGAGAAUCGUCUACUCCAUUGCACUUACCAUCGUGAUACAAUUGGUUUGCUCGCUGGCUCCACCAUUAUGCUUCUCACUGUAAUCUGGGUGACCUUCGUGAUACAAUUGCUGUAAAUAACCAAGACACUAAACGCUCAAGUCUCAAAGGCGAGAAGACAAAAGUUUUAAACAUAUGCAGAAGCUUUCCAUGACAAACAAAGGAGUCUAUCGGCCGAAAAGUAAACGGAUGUAUGCAGCGGCUUCCCUAUAUUUGCAAGGAAGUAGGAUUCUUGCAACUAUAGAAGAAGAUUUGAUAGACAAUCAUCGAAAUUUACUGAAAGAAAGUGCAUAUAUUAGCAUCAAUGCUUUUAUGCUGAAAGAAUACUCUGGAGAGUACAGAACCUCUCCCUUGCCAGUGAAGUUGAUAUUUCUUCGGACAAGUAAAACCAAACCAGCUGUAGGGUUUCCGCCAGAAUUGCCAGAACAAUAUUUUGCUGAUUUCUCUGAAGUUUUGGAUGGAAAGCUUAACAAAGACAUUUUGAUUGAUGUCAUUGGCCAAGUAUUGAACGUGGGUUCAAAAGAAAAUGUUCAAAUGAGAGGAAAGAAUGUGUCAAAUACAAAAUUGGAACUCAUCCUUAGAGAUGCCAAGUAAGUGUAAAUUUUAUUAUUUUGUUUCAUAUAUGCUCCACUAAAAUACUUAUCAAUUUGAAAAUCAUCAAAAAAUCUACUUCAAGUGAUUUGCGUUUGAUAUGUACUUUGUGGGGGGAUUACGCAAACAAAGUGUAUGAUUAUACUGAACAACACAAUGGAUCACCAAUAAUAUGUGUUCAUAGGUUUGUUAUCAUCAAGACAUACAAAGGAAAUGUAUUUGUGCAAAAUUCUUUUAAAGCAACACAACUACUCUUCGAUCCAACAACCACAUAUGUUGAGAAUUUCAAAUCAAAGUUGCCAGCAUUAAAUCAAAUGAUCACACAUAUUGAUAGCAGCCAAUUAUCAUUUGGUUCUUCAAUUGAUAUGCAUGGAGAGUUUUUUUCGAAGAACAAACGAAAAUCUCUUUACGGAAUUCUUCAAUCUAAUGAGGCCGGUAAAGUCGUGACUUCUGCCAGGGUUUAAGCUAUUGAUAAUCCAAAACAGUGGUAUUACUUAGCUUGCAAAACCUGUGGUUUGAAGGUUCAACAAUAUGGUGAAGAUUCUGAUGAUGUGGAUAGGAAGCCCCUUUUCAAUUGCAAGACAUGUGGUGAUAUUGAAGAUGUGUUUCCCAAGUAUUAUCUGAUUUUACGUGUAUCAGACGAUUUAUAUUCAGAAACCAGAUUUCUGUUAUUUGAUAAACUUGCAGCAAAAUUGAUUCAAACUUCUGCUACUGACCUUUUCGAAAAAUAUUCUGAGGAAGAUCCAGAAUUUCUACCUUCUGAACUUAAAAUCAUUGUUAGAAAGAAGUUUCUAUUCAAAACCACCAUGGAAGACAGAGCCAAAAAGGUUAAUAAUUCUCCAUAUACUGUUGAGCUAUUUUGGGAUGAUGAGGAAGAAAUUAAGCUUUUCGAGACUCAAUCUUUCACAGAGAAUAUGACGAUGGCAGGGUUUCAAAGGCAGUUGGAGAUAUUUCGGGGAACAUGCAGUCAGCAACCAGCAGUAUGCCUUCAGGGAAAGCGCUGAUGUAUUCCGGUUCAUUUCUCGCAAGUGGUGUUUUCUUCAUCUUCAUCGCCUUCACCAUGUUUCUUCUGGUUAUGGUGCUUAUGCCACAGAAAUUCGCCAAUUGUUUCACCCUUGGAUGUGGAUUUAUCAUCGGAUCAUUCUUCGCACUUCCUAGCCCACAAAAUCAGCUCGCAUCCAUGUCAUCGAUGGAGGUAGUGCACUACAUUGUUUAUCAAAUGUGUCGUGCCUUAUAUCAAAUACUUAUCUACUUCUCCAGAGGUUCCCUUUGACCAUAGGUUUCAUUGCCACCAUGGUUGGUACCGUAUACGCAUCGAUGGAUCUCUGUGUUAAAGAUCAGAAUUAUGUCACCAAGAAGAUGGUUAGUUAUUAUAUGGUCCGUAAACAAGUCUGCCAAAACAUUCGACAAAUGGAAAACAAUUAAAUUCAUUGUCGUGAAAUUAUAUUUCAUCAAAUAAACUGCUGCAGGAUGACAUUCUUGUUUAAAAGUAGGAUCAACUAAAAAGUCUGGCAAUAUUUUAUGAGUAAACAAGUUUGGGAUGUUGAUUUA